AUGACCCCACGCCCCGCGCUGGCUUUAGUCCUAGCAUUCCCAGCACCGAGCGACUAUGAUGAGAAGCUAGAGGCGCAAGAAAGGAAAAAAUCGGAUCAAAACAAGGAUGUGAAAGGCGCUAAUGUUAUGUGGUACAAGCAGACCAUCAACAAUGCCUGUGGACCCUACGCUAUCCUCCAUGCAGUCUGCAAUGGCGAUGCGAGGAAUGGUAUCCUCCCCAACUCGCACCUAUCUCGGCUGCUCGCAGUAUGCGCGCCGUUAAGUCAAUCGGAAUGCGCCCGGGUCAUCGAGGAAGACGUCGAUUUAGAAGCCGUCUAUAAGUCCGUAGCCCAGCAAGGCGACUCGGAAGUCCCCGAAAGUCCCGAGGAUGUGGUUGGUUUUCAUUAUGUCUGCCUUGUCGAGUCCCAUACGAAUGGCCGUCUCUAUGAAGUGGAUGGAGAUAAACAGGAGCCAGUAGAUAUGGGAACCCAAGGACCUGGUGAAGACGUUCUAUCAGCGACUGGGCUUGGUGUGAUUCGAGGAUUCGUUCAGAGGGAAAGAGAGAGAGCUGGAGAUCAUUUCAGCUUACUCGUACUGGCACCUCAAUAA